GAACGAAAAAAAGACAUUGAAAAGUAUGGUGUUAGUUUAAAUUACUUUGAGGAUUGGACUCGUGGAUUUAGAGCCGAUGAACCAAGCAGAGGCAUGCCCAAAUGGGGCGACAUGGAUAUGGUUAAGAAAUGGGACAGAUUAGGUUUCAUCGUCGAAAAACAACUAGAAGGCGAGAACAAAGCAUUCUUUGAAGUUGAACGCGACGACAUUUUUAAAGUAGAGAUGAAUAAU